AUGAAGAAGUCAUACGGCCGCACCCUGCACCACCUUGCUCUCACACCGCAAGAAGGCAUCAUUGAUAAGAUCGGGCGCAUGGCUGAGGGCGAAGGGAAGCAGAGCAGGAACAUUGAUGAUAUUUCGCCCGAGGAAAAGCACAGACAAGAUGGGACCUCGCAAUCCGAAGAAGCGGAUGUUCGAGACGGAGAAGCCGCUGUUGGGAUGUUUGGAGAUUUCGGAGGUGUAAUGAUAGUCCACGCCAGUUAUGAAACAUUCAAGCAUGCAUCAUAUCAUUUCCGGAAUUCGAAAUCAAUAAACAAGAUAGUCAGUUUCAGACUCCGACUAUACGCGCAAAGUUUCUUCAACAACAAGGCCCGUGCCGCGGCGGCUGCUUCAAGCAGCUCCAAGACCAAAGCAAGCGACAGCAAGGACGAUUCAACCCGCCUGCAGCCCUGGGUUGAGAAAUAUCGUCCUAAAACUCUUGACGAUGUCGCUGCGCAAGACCACACAACAAAGGUUCUACAGCGCACCUUGCAAGCUUCCAACCUCCCUCACAUGCUCUUCUACGGCCCUCCAGGCACUGGUAAAACCUCCACCAUCCUCGCCCUCGCCAAAUCCCUCUUCGGCCCCGCGCUCUACCGCUCCCGCAUCCUCGAACUCAACGCCUCCGACGAGCGAGGCAUCAACAUCGUCCGUGUUAAAGUUAAAAACUUCGCUCGUGCACAGCUCUCCCAACCAACCGGCCUAGACGCUGCUUACCGCGCACAAUACCCCUGCCCACCCUUCAAGAUCAUCAUUCUGGACGAGGCGGACAGCAUGACCCAGGACGCGCAGUCUGCGCUACGCCGCACGAUGGAGCAGUACUCCCGCAUCACCCGCUUCUGUCUGGUAUGUAACUAUGUGACACGCAUUAUCGAGCCGCUUGCGAGUCGAUGCAGCAAAUUCCGCUUCAAGAGCUUGGACAAUGCCGCCGCAGGCGAACGAGUAGCGGAGAUUGCGCGCGCAGAGAAUCUGAAACUCGAUGAUGGUGCUAUUGAGACGCUUAUCCGGUGCGGUGAGGGUGAUUUGCGCCGCGCCAUUACAUACCUGCAGAGUGCGGCCCGGUUAGUGGGUGCUGUGCGUGUGGGUGGGAAGGAUGCCGAUGAGGAUGCUGAGAUGACGGAUGCUGGGAGCUCGGGUCAAGGCACUAUCUCAGUCCGUACUAUCGAGGAGAUUGCGGGCGUUGUUCCGGAGGGUAUUUUGGACAACUUGCUCGAGGCUAUGCAGCCGAAGGGCUCGGGUUCGGCGUACGAAGCUGUUUCACGGGUGGUCACGGAUCUUGUUGCAGAUGGGUGGAGUGCAACACAGCUUGUUGGCCAGUUGUAUCGGCGAAUUGUGUUUAACGAAGCUAUCCCUGAUCUCCAGAAGAAUAAGAUCGUCAUGGUCUUCUCGGAGAUGGAUAAGCGGCUGGUCGAUGGUGCGGACGAGCACCUGUCCGUACUGGACUUGGCUCUGCGCAUUGCUGGUAUCUUGCGCGCGUGA